CUCUCAGACUACGUCGUUGUGACUGAUUUGCCUUUGCUUUUAAUGUCGAAUUUGGGUGACAAUGUUGUCCUUGGCUUUAAUCAGAAGAGGCAUUAUUCGCAGAAGGGAUUCUCUACUGUGUUUCGGUUGUCUACUGAAAAAUAUCCCAACUCUCUCAUCAUUACCUUCAGCGACUUCAUUUAAUCAGUCCCUUCUCUACAGUACAUGGGUGCGCCACAUAAGCUAUGGCACCGUGGGGCCUCUUCUAGAAGUGCCAUGCAUAUCCUCUCCAUUGGAUUUUUCAUUAGUGCCGAGAUUAAAUUUGCUUGGCUUUCAUGUUCUUAGAAAUUCGGUACCUGCUAGAUACAUGAGUAAUGCAUCAAUUGAGCUGAAGACAGACAAUGAUGUUGUCAGGUUUUCUUUUGGUGAGCGAGGUGAUAUUGAUGGUCGCCGAAGGAAAGGAUGGAAGAAGACCAAACGAGUCAAAAUGUCUAAAAAGGCCAAAGUGAAUGAACUCAGAUUCUAUCGUUUGAAGGCCAAAAAGAAGAUGACUUCUCCAAAUCCAGAAGUUAGGAUUAGAUAUAAACUUGGAAAGGCCAAACGGAAGGAAGAAUGGUUGAUUGAGAAAUUGAGAAAAUUUGAGGUUCCCAAAGCACCUGCUGAAACAUAUGAUCCUGAGAGCCUAACUGAGGAAGAAAGGCACUACCUUAAGCGUACUGGUGAGAAAAAGAAGAACUAUGUCCCAGUUGGGAGACGAGGUGUAUUUGGAGGGGUUGUUCUCAAUAUGCAUCUCCACUGGAAGAAGCAUGAGACUGUAAAGGUAAGUUGCAAGCCAUGCAAACCUGGGCAGGUUUACGAGUAUGCUGAAGAGCUUGCUAGACUGAGCAAAGGCAUUGUGAUCGAGAUAAAAGCUCACAAUACUAUAAUUUUCUACCGGGGAAAGAAUUACGUGCAGCCAAAAGUAAUGUCACCUCCAGAUACACUGUCUAAAAACAAGGCCUUGGAAAAGUAUAGGUAUGAGCAGUCACUUGAGCAUACUAGUCAGUUCAUUGAGAAGUUGGAAAAAGAGUUGGAAGAAUAUCUUAAGCACCUUGCUCGGUACAAGAAAGCAAAAGAGGGCACACCAAAAGAUUCUGUAAUUUAACUCUUCUUCAUUUGGAAAGGGGGUGAAACUUAUUGACCAAUCAUUUUGGGAGUGAUUUUCGACAAUCAACACCAGUCGUCGGAUUAGAGUCAUAAAUGGUCACAACCAACUUGAGGGGUUGAUGCUCGGAUUCGGAUUCUCUACCAUUUCCUGCCCGAGUGGAAGAUGGGGUAAGGGUAAUAACAGAGAUUGUGAGAGGAGGUUCUUUGCCAGAGUAGGCUUCUUGCUGGCAAGUAGGCUUCUUGCUCGGGUGGGCUCUCUGUUCGGGCGAGAAGCUUUCUUUCACAUUCCCUUGCACAAAAAGGAGAGAGCAGAGAUAAUAAUAGGGAUUCCCGGCUGUCGUCAAUGCUCAACCCUACGGCAGAUACCAUGAUGUAUGGGUACGUUAACUUCAACACUGAUGACUGUUGUGUGAAAAAUGAAAGCAGUGAUACCUUUUUUGUUAUUAUUGGGAAAUAACGCAUGCAUUCAGUGGAGUGGUUUUUGUUUUUUAACCCAUGGUUGCAACUUCCACUGCAUUCUUAUGGGAAGGGGAGUGCCAGUUGAAUUUGAGCACAUAGGGAGUUUAAGCCCUUUGUGUUUGGUAAAUGUAGUGGCUAUAUUUUCUACUGUCUGAUCAUUAUACUUUGUAGCUGCUUCUUGAUCUUCCUGGAAGGUAAGUUUUUUUUAUUUCUUCAAUGAAACAGGAGUUUGGUGCAGAUUUUCUGUUGAAAAAUCAAGUGUAGUUAUCAUACCCUUCGGCAAAUUAUUUGGCCAUGGGUUAAUUUGAGAGUAAAUUAAGGUC